GCCACAUGUAGUAGUCAUCAUCAACACUUAUGGUAACUGUUUUUUGCAGAACUGACGACAAGUAUUUCUUCCAAAUUGAGUCAUCUUUACGGGCCUUCUUAUUGAAAAUCAGUGUUUGUGAUGCUAUGCUAAAACCAAAUCCAUCUGGUAAAGUGCAAAGUUAUAUACAUAUAUGAAAAAUAAGUAAAAGUAUUGGUUGUUUGUGUGGUGUGUAUACGAAUUUUGAAGUCAUAAAGGACGAAGAGCAAAGCCGUGCGUUAAUAGAUCUUUCAGAAGGAGCGGUCUAUAAAACUCGUGCGACAAAAUAUACCCACAGAAGCAAGUCAGAACUAUUAUUCCAUACCUGCAUGUGUUAAAAGUCGAUUACAUUCUUCGACAAAAGUACUUACGCUGCGGUCCGCGUUGUGACUUCAGAACAGUACUAACAAUGAGCAGGAAAAAUUACAAACUCUAACUUUAAAGUAUGUUUUUCGACAAAUAACCGACCAUGCCCGCACCUCUCCUGAGAUCGUUUUGCACCUCCCCGAAAAUUCAUGCACCUUCCCUUAGAAAAGAUCAAAUGGUAUAACAAAGUCAAAAGACUCAACCUUAAAGGAUAAUGAUAAAUGGGAACAAAAAAUGUUGUUACAGAUUUUUCAUAUCAAGCUUAACUCUUGAAAAAUUUUGACCGACGAAAGCGAGGAGCUGUCCGCCAUCUUGGAUUAAUUAUUAACCUUGUUAACUAUCAUUUUGAUGCCGUCAGGAGUGCGGUUAGCCUUAUAAAAUUACUUCUAAGUUACUGAGUAACAAUGAAAAGUUGUUUAGUUUUAUUCAAUUCGAAAUUUGAAAUAGCAACGAAAAACGAAUUUCGGGUUGAUAUUGAUCACUGGCUGUCAAGAUAAAAAACUUACCUGACCUCACUUGUGAUAUGCAUAUCCUCAAAUCUGUAACCAGAUUUUAUAGAUGUUUUUAAACGCUUUUUCAAAUGAGACAAUAAAAUGUUUUGUUGCCAUUGUCCUUUAACAUGAGUUAAUUUUAAUGUUUGUUGUGUUGCUUAUAGGGUCCACACUAUUUAACAACGCUUUUCUGUAAAAUUGUGAAAGUCAUCACCUCUGUGGCAAUUACUCUUUUAAUGCAGUGUUUUGAAACGAGUCGUACAGUCAUAAUCCAUAAAUACAUUGAUAGGUACGACUUAUUGUACAGUACAUGCAUACAUCACGUAGUUAAUUAACUUGAUGGUUAUACUCUAAGCCUUAACAUCCCAGGGAGUGGCACCUCCCCUAAAACAUUUCUUACCUCCCAAUUUCCCAUCUCCCCCACCCUUCCCACCAAAAUCCGGCCUUGACUGAGACUAACGACAAGCAAAAAGUAAUGGAAAAAAACAGUAAGUUUUGUGGACCUGAUUUCACGAGGCGAAAUGCAGUCGACCCAUGCAUGCAGUAUACAAGAGGAACGAAACCGAGACGAGAGAGCUCCAUAAUACGUGCAUAACUAAACAUUUUAGUAUAAAAGUAUUAUCCAUCGCUUAGAGCUAAGCUGUUGCCAGGAGUCCUAUUUCAUGACUUUCAUAUGAUGCGCUCUUGCCCACUGAGAUCAAUCAAUCAAUCAAUCAAUCAAUCUGUUUAAUUAAAACCAAUUUGCAGUUUUUAAAGGAAAACUGAAUUACAUGGAGUACUAAUAUAGCAUAAAAAUUUAUAUUAAAAUGUACAUAUAUAUAUAUUAUAUAAAAUAAUGUUUAUUUAGUUAGGACUGUUAAUUAACUAUAAAGCUAAUAAUAUUUCCUAGUCACGAAGUUUUUUAACCGUUCAGUGGUUUCUGACCAUAAAGGUUGUUCGGCCGUUCUGUCAUUCCUUAAGUCAUAAUCAUGAGUUUUUACCCCGGGACGAAUUUCCAUAAUUUGGGUCAAAGGGUUGUAGGGUGAAACAUCACGUCGCAGAGAUUCGACGAAUUUCUUGCAAGAGAUGUCUCUACGAGUACUCAGAUACUGUAAGUUUGAAAUUUCAAGGGCUUCAUCAUGCAAGAAUAUAUAGAUCUGCACUUGGUACAUAAUAAUUACAAUUGCAUGGGGCACAGAUGAAGAAAUGUAGAGCCCAAUGAUUUUGGUUCAAGAAAAUUUGGACAAUACAUCGGCGAAUUUCAUGAUUAAAAUAAUUUUAAUAUCUAAGCUGUAGUUAAAUUGUUACAAAUUUUAAUAAAGGUUAUUUGCAUGCAAUGAAAUGCUCAAGCGUUUCUGUUCAAACCUCAUGUAACCACUAUAUACAUACAUGCAUAUAUUUGUUGAACAAUUCUGAUCUUACCAUUUUACCUCUAAUUUGUAUUUUUAAGAUUUAUUAUACGGUGGGAACAUGAAAUAAACGUAGUGAAUAAAAAUUAUGCAGAACUUUAUUUGCGGUGACACCAAAACCCAUUGAAAUUUUCAAGGUUUAUCACAAAAACAAAGUAUUGCUUCUCGCCUUACACCUACGAAACAUAGCUUAGAUUCUAUUCGGUAAUUUUUCUGAAACGCUUCCAUCAAUUGUUAUACCACAAUUCUUCAAUUUCUUUCGCUCUUUCCGAAGAUUAUAUAUUUCUUCGAAAUGAUUGAGCAAGACUGGUGCUGGUAGAAUGAACACGAUCAAAAUUCCAAGAAUUGUUGUGAUUGCUCCAACAAGCUUUCCAAGCACAGUGGUGGGUACUACAUCGCCAUAUCCGACGUUGGUUAGUGUAAUGAUAACAAACCAUGCUGCGUCAGGGGUAUCUUCAAUCAGUGAUGUUGAGGAAUACUUUUCGGCGAAGUAGAUCAAAGAUGACAAUGAUAUCGUUAAAAUUGUGACCAAUAACAUGAGUCCCACAAGUAAAUACAAACACUGUCGAAUAGUGUAACCCAGUAAACGAAGUGCUUCAAUGUGAUGCGCAAGCUUCAGCACUCUUACUACUCUUGCGAAACGAAGCAAUCUAAGGAGCACGAUGAUAUUACCAAUGUCACCGUCGUCUAGUUUUAGAAGUAAAAUCCCAAAGAAUGGAACGAUCGAAAGGAAGUCAAUGAUCCCCAAGAAAGAAAACACAAACUUGAGCCUGUGUUGUGUGGUCAACAGCCCCGCCACAUACUCCAGUAGAAACCAAGCAGUUAUUAGGCAAUCUACAAUAAACCAUUCUAAAUUUUGUUCACAGUUGGCAGCGCGAUCCGCGGGCACUGUACCAUUGUUCUUGCACAGUAUUUUAUACCCCAUUUCAGUGGUUUCGAAACAAAAUAAAAAUGUUGUGAUGACUAUAAACAGAGACGAUAUCCACGAAAACAACAUGGCAGUAUUCGAGCUCUUUGGGUCUUUAAAGAGCUUCCAUAAAGUCUGUUUCCAUGCGAUCUUCGGCAUUUCCACUGGUACGGCUUUUAAAGUCCAGCAUGCUGGAAAAUAAUCUGCCAAUUCGAAGAACUGGAGUUCAUUUGUGAAAAUAGUGAACGGUACGUCUUUUGGUUGGGCUAGUAUACCCCCAGAUUGAUAGAAGAAUAAGACUGCAUUAAACGCAAACUUGUUUCUGUUCUCGAAGACAUAAGCAUCCUUCUCUGACACGUAAUGUUCGCGUCGUUUGCGACGCGAGCCCAGCAAUGUGUCUGGGAAUUUCAUUAAGGUUUCUUCGAAUGUUUCAAACAGCUCGCCUUGGAUGAGAAUUUUCACUCGACGACCGCUCACGAAUGUUUCUGAAGUACAUAACGGAAGACGCGGAUCGACUCCUUCAACAAGUUGAAUGCUACCUCUGCUCGUGAGUUGUAAAUGAUUCAUUCCCAUAAAACUUCCUCUCCGAGGUGCAUCGUCUUGGUUCGCUGAAGGAAAUGCCAAGAAACGUGCGGCGCCGCCACCAAACAUUAUGAAGAACGCGGUAGAAAUUAAAAAGCGGUUUACAAAAAUUCGUUUGUAAAUUGAAGUGGAUUAAAACGGUGCGGGGCGAUAUCAAAACGCCUGUUCCUCGUUAAAUAUCGCCUUCAGACUGCUUAUAGGCUUGAAAGAGUAAUUGUGGCUCAACACAGGUGGGGGAAUAUAUAGUGCAUGCAAUAAAUAUUUCACGGCGUAACCGCACAACUGCGUCAAAAAUCUGUGCAUAUCGUGAGUUUAUGCUAAUUUGCCAGCUGUGCAAGAAACUUUGGUUUUGUUUAAAUAAAAUAUGGAAUCGACGUAAAGAAAGUCUCACGAAUAUUUUUCUUUGGUUGGUUGACUCGAUAGACUUGUUUGUCUGUUUGCUAUUUCGGACUAAUCGUGCAUGAUAUAUAUAGUACUAUCUCGCAACCAGAUCCCUGAAGAUCGAGUUAACAGAAAAUUGCUAUAAGUGACCAUUUUUUUGCUACUUCGCUGAUUUUACUGAACAACGGAACACAAAGCUCGAAAAAGUUGAUAUGUGUAAAUAUUUCAGACCUGUCCACAUGUAGAAGUAGUUGAUACUAUAAUAUUUGUUUCUAUUAUUUUUUAGUCAGUUCUUCUCUUCUCUCUAUUUAUCGAGAGUAAAAUUGGGUCCUAAAUGUGAAUUCAAAAUAUUUGUUGACGCUAUAUAUUAAUUUCUGCUGCAACGUUGCAUGAGGCAAUUUUAGCCACCCCUAAUUGGCCUUGCAACACAAUUUCUUACAUGUUAUCUUGGGAAGUAUACUCACAGAAAAAUGAUGAAGAUUGCUUCAUUUCACCGAAAUCGUUCUCAUUCAUUUCUCUGUUGCAUUCCUGGAUAUAUUAUAGGUGUAUAAGACAAAAAUGAUCACAAUUACUCCUCGGCGACAAAUACAACAGUACUCGGUGUAUAUAUGCAGCUAAAUUGCCAGGCUUCCGGCCAUUUGUAACUGUCGUGACCAAGUCAGGUUCGACCAUAGUAUUUUAACUAUGGUUCAACGAUAUGAAAUACAGUCGAACCCCUAUAAGCGGACACCUCUCUUAAGCGGACACCCCUUUUAAGCGGACACAUAUCUCAGGUCCCAUUCGUUUUCUUUAAUAAAAUACUAUUAUCAUAACCCCUAUUAAGCGGACACCCCUCUUUAACGGACGCGGACACCUUACUUGAGGUCCCAAUGGGCAAACUAACCUCUCUUAAGCGGACAGAUGACAGAUUGUCUGAUAAAAUGUAUUCAAUAUUCGACAGUAAAUAACAAUUGAGAUCAAUUUACAUGGCACAUUGACAGUGACACACCAACUUGGCGCGAAGACAUCAGAGCCAAGAUUAUUGAGAAGUGACGAACGAGGACGGAGGACUGUGAGCCGGCAGCCAUGGAGCCGAAAGAUAUGUGUCAGAUCACUGAUGAUGACAACGAACUGAACAAAAAAGAUGAAAUUGACUGGUCUCUUAACGAACGAGUCAUUAAAUCUUCCUCCGAAGCCCCUAACGUUGUCGAGCGGCUGGCAGAAUUCGCACAAUUUCGAGGUUUGGAAGAACUUUCCAACGUCAUUUUUAUGUAAAUGACAUAAUGGGCUAUCGUCUGCGUGAGCCUCGAAAGCAAACUUGUAUUGAUUCCUUUUUUAUGUGACUGUGAGAGACGUAUACAUUUUCUAAUGAACUUUUAUGCACAAAUAAUUUUUCAUUUUAUGCUAAUUAUUUCCUAGAUAUUUUUUACUGUUUUGAUACUCAAAUUACACACCUAAUUACACACCUUUGCCUCCUGCUGUGUUUUUCCACAUACCCCUUUUAAGCGGACACCCCUUUUAAGCGGACACUUAGGCGAGGUGCCAAAGGUGUCCGCUUAAUAGGGGUUCGACUGUACUCUAGAUAUAUCUCGUCUUUUAUAUGCUGUUUGCCAAUUAGUCUUCACUGGCUGUAGAGAUACAGUAUAUUGACACUCUAUAACAUGGGUGACCUUGAUUUAUGUUCACGACGGUUACGACUAAAUGGAAACCAUGCUUACUUCGAAUCCAGAUCCAGAACAUGGAAUCCGGAAUCCACACUUGCAUUAAGAUCCGGAAUCCAGUAAUUUGGUAAUGGAAUCCAGAUAAAUCUAGACAAAGAAUCCAAUCUAGACAAAGAAUCCAUUGCGGACUUUCGUGAGAUAUAGGCUACUAGUAUCCACGAUCCUGGAUCUACGAGUCAGGAUCCGGAAUCCACGAGUCGGGAUCCGGAAUCCGACUUACGUCCAUAUUCUAAAAGCUCACUCACACUCAAUGAGUGGAGGUUAAAUCUGAGCUUCUCUCGAGUCCCAUUGCUGUUUUUGAAUAGCUAGAGGGCCAGUGUCAUACCUUACUAUGUUAUUACUCACUCUACAGCUAUUCAAAAGUAGCAUUGACACUCAAGAGAAGCUCAUAUUGAACCUCCACUCAUUGAGUGUGAGUGAGCUUUUAGAAUACGGGCGUUAGUCUUGAAUUCCUUUACAAGGACGAAAUGUUAUACUGUCACUAAUCUAUACUGUUCAGGUGAACUGUAGUUAACUGAUGCCACCUACAGCGCCCUAAACAGUGGGGUGGGGGUGGGGGGGAACUGCCUCCUAGAGAAAACUAUAUUUACGUUUUUAGAAUGACAUUAUUAAUUAUUCUUUGGGUAUUUGGGAUUUUUUUCGGCAUAUAGGCCUUACUGCUCCCCAACCUCGUACCCAGGAUCUUUCUCUGUUGACAGCCCUCCCUGUUGAAAAAAUCCUGCGUACGGCCCUGGCCACCUACAUCAAUUUAAAUACUUCAUUAUUCAACAUAACUUAGUUACGUUUGGCUCCUGAACAGCUAGACAUUAAAUUAUAACAUUAAGUUAGUCUUGAAAGUUUCUGUAGAGUAAAUUGUUAAUUAAAACGUACAAUUGUAUGCAGUAGUAAUUUACAUAUUAAUCACAUUGAUCUGGAAACCACGAUCAAACUGCGAGCAACAGUGUCAGUGUUGUUGCAAUUCAUAAUGGAAAAGUGGUUUUGAAACAUUAAAUAUGCAAAACGUUCAAAUGAAGAGAAAAUUACAGCAUUUUUUAUACGAGAAUUCUGCAAUAGUCAGGGAUAAGCGUGAUCUAAAGAAUAUCAUGUAUGCGCAUUUAUAUUGACAAGCUAUAUAAAGUUUUAUUUCAUACGAAUUUUUCAACCACGGGGUGAAGUUCCAGUCCAGCUGCUAAAGCAUAUGGCAAGAAUUUUAAAAUAUAAAUGUUUAUCACCAUGUAUUUAGGUUUUUAAAUUCCAGCCCAUCAAAAUAUGUUUCCACACAUAAAAAUCCCCAAGCCGUGUAACUAUAGGAUGUCACUAAAAUCACAAAUAGUGUAAUAUAAUGUAUCUUACUAGCAUAGAACCAUAUUAUUGUCUAGAAUAUAUUUUUGUUAUUAUCAUACAUAAAACUCGUCUGUGAUUGGUUGAUUUCAGUGCCGUUAAUCCCAAACAGCAGUACAAUUUUCUGUAAUCACAGUGCAAUUUUCUGUAAACACAGUGAAAUUUUCUGUAAUCACAGUGCAAUUUGCUGUAAUUAGAGUGCAAUUUUCUGUAAUCACAGUGCAAUUAUCUGUAGUCACAUAAAAUAUUCUUUUUUUUUACAUAGUGGGUUUUUCAAGGUUUUCGUGAGUUUUUCAAAGACCUCAAAUAGCACCCGUCCUUCGGAAUCGUGCUAUUUUGAGGUCUUUGAAAAACUCACUCGUCCAUGUUAUAUCCAAAUUGCACUCGAAACAAUGCUAUUACCUUAAUAUUAUACUUAUCAGUUUGGUUGUUUAAUAUAGAAUUCCGUAAUCUCCGGUCACAGUAAAAGAAGCUCAUUUAUAUGAUGAUUGUAUAAAGUUUACGUAACCUUAUCAAACGACGCAGAAUUUAUUUUUAAAGUCUUUUAAAAAUUAACUCAAAUGAAACAAUCAUAAAAAAUUAUCCUCAUCUUAUCGGGCGUUAAAAGCUGCUCAAAAUUGUUAAACUGCAUGGUAAGCCUGAAUCUCAAAGUUUUUUUGAUUUGAUGCCGGAUAUAAAUCAAAGUUUUAUUUCUUAAUAAACCGAAGCGUUUGCUGAAAGAAUAAAUAGUACAAAAAUUUGUCAUUCAAAACAACAAGUUCAAAAGCGAGUGGUUUUAAAAUUACUUGCUUCGUAUAGUCAAAAUUGCAUUGCUUUCCAACUAAGUUUUUUUGGGUUUUUUUGUAGAUUGCAGAUUCUCGCUACUGGUUUAUACGAAACAGUCUGCAGUUUUAAAAAUGGAGGAUGAGGAUAAGACAAAGGUGUGAAUAUUUUCUUAUAUCUCAGUAUCUGUUAAACAUACCUUGACGUACUUGCAGCACUGUUGCAUGUACGCGUGUUUAAUAGUUAGGAAUUCCACAUGAUUUAUACCUGGCAAACUGAUCGCCUUGAUAAAGUAGGAAUGACCCAACCUCAGGUCGCCUCUAAGGUUGAGUCAUUCCAGAGGAAAUUAGUGCUUUCCAGCGAGGGUGAAAUCUACACUUGAUAAAGGUAAAAUAGUCCUCCUGCAACCCGCGUCUUCAAUAAAUCUGGAACUAUACAGGAUGUGUAUUUUGCUGGCUGAGUGACUCCUCACCAGAUAUUUUUUGACAUAACAACCAAGGGCGGAUUUUCAUUUUUUUUAAAGGAGUGGUAGAAAAAUUUCUAGUGGGGUGCAAGCGGCACCACUGAGCGAGCUUUGGCAGGGGUUAGGCGUUAAGGUUAAAGACUUUCACACUAAAUAGGAGGGGUGAAGCAAAAUUUUGGUGGGGUUGAACACUUUAUAAGAGGGGUUAGAGAGAUUCUAGGAGGGGUUUAACCUCCCCUACCCAGUAAAUCCGCCCAUGAUAACAACACAGUAAUAGAUAGUUGAUUCUGGUUAUAAUGCUCCGCUCUUUAAUAAACUAAAUCUUCUUGAUAUUUACAAGAUAAACUCCUUACACACGUGGAGAUUUAUGUUUUGUUAUCAUAAUAAAUUGCUUCCAUGCAACCUGUUUUCUCAAUCUAUUUAAUGCAAACAAAUAAGUCCAUAACUAUAACACAAGAAACGUCGACUCAUAUCGAUCUCAUGCAUGUAGAACUAAUAUAAAACAAUUCACAAUGCUUUCUCGUUGUCCGAAACUGUGGAAUUCCCUCCCUGAUACCGUUAGAAAGGCAGAGACAUUAAGUUCCUUCAGGAAUAGAAUGACGAAAUACUUACUUGAUUCAUAAUCUUAUUGAUACGCUUGAGUUUCUUUUGCUUGAUCAGAUAUACCUUAAUUUUUACAUAUAUUUAAUUCAAAUCUUCAAGGAGACAUCCUAUUCAUAAGCGCUAUAGUUUCUGUGACUCCUUGCCACUGACAUUAUGAAUCAAUUAUUAUUAUUAAAUGUAAUUUAACAUUGAAAUUUUAUGAUAAAAAAUAACAGAAGUAAACAAAAGACUUGCAGUAUAUAAUGAUGGGAACUAUACUAUCUGUGUAUAUAAAUUACCGACGCCGAUAUCCAUUUUAUAUCACAGACAUGAUAUUGGGAUGUGGUAUAUUAUUUAAUUAAUAUAGAUGUAUUAAAAAAUAGGUUCAUUAAGUGCUACUGCUGAGGGAGUCAAUUAGAAUGCUGAAAGGCCAUUUUUCAAUACUGAAAUUAUACUAAAGUCAUAUAGUCAUAUGGUCAUAGUCAUAUGGUCAUAGUCAUAUAGUCAUAGUCAUAUAAUCAUAGUCAUAAUCAUACAGUCAUAAUGAUACAGUCAUAUAUUCAAAGUCAUAUAGUCAUAUAGUGAUGUAGUCAUAGUCAUAUAGUUAUCAUUAUAGUUAUAUAGUUAUAUAGUUAUAUAGUUAUAUAGUCAAAUAGUCAUAUAGUCAUAUAGUCAUAUAGUCAUGUAGUCAUAGUCAUGUAGUCAUAGUCAUAUAGUCAUACCCCAAACACCUCAAUGAGGUACCCCAAACACCCCAUUGGGAUAUAUAGUCAUAGUCAUAAUAGUCAUGUAGUCAUAUAGUUACAUACUGUAGUAUACAUGUUAUAGUUCAUCUGCAAUUUAUCCCAACACAGAACGAGUCAUUUGGAUGAGGCGUUUUUAUCGUAUUUAAAAUGCUCUGGUUGCGCAUUCGCAGUGUGCUUUAAAUAGUGGAUAACGUGCACUUGUAGCUAUAACUAAAUCUGUAAAAUGCAUUAUGUGAACUUAAUAGGCAUUCCCUUGGAUGAAUGUUGAAAAAAGUGAAAUAGAAAUGAAAUCUCCUUCAAUCAUCCCACUAAAAUCCACCUCGUCUGAAUUACUGAAGGUGAGAUAUUAUUAUUGGCUUCUUGCGCACACAGUCUUGUGUAAGGAAAGUUUAAAGGCAGAUUUACACCACACAACCUAAAAAUGUCUCAUGCAAGGUGCUUGUUGGCGAGUUGUCUGCUUGAUUUACAAAGUACAACGCAAGUUGUAAGCAGGUUGCAUGCCACAGUUUUAGGCAAAGGUUGUGUAGUGUAAAUCGGCCUUAAUCCCCGAGCCGACGGCGUGAAGCGCCGUGCGAGGGUACUAAUUCCCCCCGGCUAUUUACACCCGGGGAAACGAAAGCAUUAGCGAAGUCUAAAGUUCAUCAAAUAUCGCGGGCGUGGGUCACCAACCGUGGGUGGUCAUUCUCACUGAUCUCAAAAAUAUGGCGGACUGUCAUGAAUAGCGAACACUGUGAUUGGUCCAAUUUAAAGUUUGCAUUAUAACGACUGCAUGACGACAGCGAAAUAGCAAACAUUUCUUUAUUUGAUGAUUGAUAAAUUUCUUGCAAAUAUAUUUCAUUUUUGUAAGGUUUUGUAAAUUUUAAGAAAGAAAUGGCGAAAGAAUCGGCUAAAAGAAGGGAGCCGACGUUAACGAAGGUAAGUUUGUUUUAAAUAUUGAUUUUAUAAUUGCUUUAAACUAUAAAACAAGACAGCAUAUCGGGCCCCAUUUCAGUGUAUCUUUAAUAUUGAUUCCCUUUUUUAUUAUAUUAAAUUUUUUUAAAUAAAAAAGAAAGCAAAGUUAUUUGCAUGCGAGAAUUUGAAAUCAUUUUAUUGGAAACUCAAAGUUUAUCGAUAAAGCCAUUUAAUUAAAGAAUAUAAAAGGCAGUUUAGUUUUAUAAAGAACACUUUAAAACGUUUUGCGAAGCGUUUGUGGUUGAAUUUCACCUUAAAUUGAAGCUUAUAUUUAUCAUUUAUAGACCUGGAGCGAGGGGGAUUCGGCGAAAUAUUACCCGAAGUGAUGAUAUUUCCCGAGGGGCUUUGCCCCGAGGGAAAUAUCAUCACUGGGGGUAAUAUUUCGCCGAAUCCCCCGAGCGGAAGGUCUAUAAAUGAUAUAUUAUACCGAAAAUUAAAAGCCUCCAAGUUGAGAAUUAAAAACUUGACACAUACCUUCGUGAAUACGACGUCUUAUUUUCGGAUUAACGCAAGUGUCGUCGCUUUUCUUUCGAAUCACAUAUCGUUUGGAAUAUUAAUGACAAAACCCCAGGUUUUAGGUUUGAAAAAGGCCCGGGUUUUAGGUUUAAAAUUGAAUUAUUCAUCACCAUUAAUACUAUUUACGUUUUGUCGGCCAUCUUGUUGUCAUGCGUGUUCUCCCGCGUGGUGUACGCGAAUAAUGUUCCACCCCAUGUUCCCCGGGGAACAUGGGGUGGAACAUUGUCAAAAGGAACGCAGGCUCGCUAAUUGAUGACGUAAGGCGUGAUAUCGCGAUUAAUUUCAUGCUCACGUGGCACAAACUAAGCUUCCUGAUUGGACAAUUUGAAUAUGAGGUAUAAUAUUACGUAUAAUAUCAUACUUAAUAUAUAUAUGUUGGGAAAUUGAUAAUUUUGUAAUUAAAAGUGAUAUUUUUAAGCGAUUGUUCAUUUGUAAGAAUAUUCUUAAGAAAUUAUCGUGUUACCAUGACAACUACUUUAGAUACUUCAUGUUCGGAAAAUACAAUGGUUUUGUCAGCAAGGCGAGGGUUUCUGCAUGCAUGUAUUUUCUAGUAGAUAAAAUAAUCCAGGAAGUAGCUCCCUUUGUAUAGGCAUCUCAUGGAAGAGAUACCUAUGAAAGAGGCUAACUUGGAAUAUACAUGUCCAGAGCGCAGAAAAAUUUUACAGAGAUUUCAUUCAGCUUAAUACAUGCAUGCAUAUCCGAUUACAAACGUCAAUGUAACUUUUAACAGGCUUACAUAGAUAUGCGAAUAGCUAGCGAUUCCAAUGCGAAAACCGACAUACAUAUAGACAUACCUAUCAGGCGACUCAAUGCGAAUCAUUGCGAAGAACGAAGACAUCCGAAUAACAAAUCAAUGAAUAGUUUAAUUAACGCAAGCGAACUGAUUUAGCUCUCUCAAACCCGAGAACGGAAUUCCUAAAAAAAACACACGAUUAAUCCAGACUUUCAAAGAAAUAUGCAGACGAAUCACAACAUCGUUCUGUCAAGCUGAUGUUAAGUUGACAAUUAAUGACUAAAUAAAUUUGUGGUGAUUGGUAUUGAACCUAUAGGAACACAGUGAGGUUAACUCGAGGAUGGGGCAUUCCCAAUUGCAUGAAUGGUAAUCAAAUCAAAUUUGAAUUUUAUGCAGAUGCAGCUAUUUGUGGAAGAAUCUGAAAGCAAAACGUCGCGAAAUGUGGCUUAUGGUACGGGUCCUCUAUAGAUCCGCAUUCAAUAACAUUCGAAAGCAAAGCAUGAACUCAUCAUUCUUAGUUUCUCCAAAUGCAAAAAUGCACCUCCUUACGUAUAAUAAGUUGUAAAUAGUUCUAGUCGAUUAAAUUACUACCAUUAUCGUUGCUAUUGAUUGACAUUCAUCUGAUCAAAACGCCCAGCCACCGGGAGCCCGAUUAUGUCCUAUUUAUAAUCUUCAUACAGUUAUAGCAAAGCAGUCAGUGUGCAGUUAUGUUAAAGCGAC